GGGAUAGGCUCAAGAACGAGUUGGAUGAGAGGGAGUACCAGUAUCUUGAAAUUGGUUGUCCUUCUUGUCAUGAUUUCUGGAUUGGUCGAUGGAUUAGGUCUGGGGGAACCUCCGGACGGCAAGGCUUACUUGGCCGCUUGGACGGAUGGCUCGGCUCCUUAUCAUGACUCCCCUUCAGCUUUCAAUCGUCGAAUCGGCCAGAAAGCGUAUGCAUUCCAACAAGCCCAAACGAUUCCGAUCACGCCAUACAACUACACGAGCGGCGCGGGGGGGCCGAUGAACGCGAGCCAGGUGGUCCAGACGGGGACGCCGGCGGCGAUCUAUCUGACGGUCUAUCCGCAAUCGCUGGGCCGGGUGAGCGACCAAGACCUGCGGCUGCUAGGCCAACAGAUCGCACGCUACCAGCUCGUCCCAAAGACCACCAGCACGUCGACUCCCAGCAGACAGGUCUUCCUCAGAUUCGCCCCGGAGAUGCAGGGCAGAUGGAUGGCCUAUGGCGCCCAGCCUACUCAGUUCUUGGCCCUCUGGAAGAGAAUGUUUGCGAUCAUCAAGGCACUUGCGCCGCAAACUAUCAUCGUCUGGGCUCCUAAUGGUGCAAUGGGUUAUCCUUAUGGACUUCAAUGGUCUGAUAUUUCCUCAAAAGCUGACCAGGAUCUCUUGGAUACUAAUAAGAAUGGUCAACUAGACUCCGGCGAUGAUGCCUAUUCGCCCUACUAUCCAGGGGAUGCUUAUGUGGAUUGGAACGGGAUCUCGUGGUAUUGGAAGGGGAACGAGUAUCCGUAUCGGCUCAACCAACUCUUGCCAGCCGGCUAUACUGCCGGUGCUAUGACCGGCAAAAGUCCGCCUGGCUCGAUCGGAAGCGGCGGAGCUCAAACGUUCACGAACUUUUAUGAUAACUAUUGUAUCAACAAACCAUGCAUGUUUUCUGAGAUGGGAGCGGCGUUCCACAGUAACUCGACCUCAACAAGUGCUCCUUCGAGUUCUUCACCAAACCAGCAGCCAGCUGAUAUAAAUCAACAGAGCCUGCAACAGGCCUGGUGGAGAGACAGUCUGAGCUCGCUCGAGUUCAUGAACACGUUCCCCAAGAUCAAGAUGUUCAUGCUCUUCGAACACGAGAAAGCGGAAGACGGGGGCGAUCUGCGUGAUUAUCGGAUCUCUGUCGAUGAGCUGGUCAGGGCUUCUUGGCUGGAUGACUUUCAAGCCGUUCAGUCGAGAUUUAUUUGGGCUGAUAACUCGACUGGGAGUAAUAAUGGCUCAUCAUCCGCUGGGCAGAAAGGUGCCAAGGGACGCUCAAGUCGCCUAAAUAGCUCGAUGGGCUUGUUGAUUUCGAUGACUAUUGCUUCGUUCUUUGUGGCCAUUCUGGCUGGUUCAACACUCUCCUUAUAUUCUCUGGCUCCUUCUGCUUCCAAAUCUUGUGUUGAAAGGUCUCGACUUCCACCAGCAACCAACCCAAGCAUGAGUCUCACUCAAACCGACCGAAGCAGAACAAAACAAAAAGAGGGAUUCUAUGCAGGACUAGCCAACAACGCAAGCUCGAACCUAUGUUUCUUGAACUCGGUCAUACAAGCACUAGCAUCGAUCACCGAACUCGAGGACUAUCUCAGAGAGAUCAAGUCAACCCAGACGACCAUCGACGCCGAGCAAGCAGGAGAUCGAGGAUCGAUUAUCGAAAGUCUACUCGAGAUCAUCAACGAGCUCAACACACCCAGAGAGAGGAGGAGCGUGCUUCGGGCGACAAAGUUCAUCGAGUCCUUACGAGCCAAUAACGCCAGCUCGAGCCGACUCUUCAACUCCAACCAACAGGAUGCACACGAACUACUGAUGAUGAUCCUCGAGGCCGUAGAGGAAGAGGUCGACCGCGCCGCCCGACUCCGCUCAUCUGUCUCCCUAGGUCUUGCCGGCCUCAUCAAUAACCUCAAGCCCACUUCUUCAUCAUCCUCGUCUUCUUCACCAUCCUACAAUCCCAAGAUUCUGAGGAGCCCCUUUCGUGGUUUGAUGGCUAACAGAAUCGCGUGUGCUGCUUGUGGAUUCUCCGCCGGCAUUCGUCAUUCACCGACCGAUCAUCUAUCGAUUACCUUGCCAGUCUGCUCAACAUGCACACUAGAGGAUUGUUUGAAAGAGUAUACGAUCUUAGAGUUAUUAGACGACUACGUAUGUCGAAAAUGCACCUUAUUGAACAGCGAACGAGAGAAGAAGAAAGCAUUAGAAGAAGAGGAAGAAGAAGAAGAAGGACAACGAAAGAAGAAGAAGGGCGGAGGUCGAUCGAGGCGGAAACGAGACGACCUCAGGAACGAGCUCCAGGUGAUCUCUGCAGCCAUCAAACACCAGCCCGAACGCGACCUUGGCCCGCUUCUCGAACAUUCUCUCCACCCGAUCUGGAGUCCGAUGUCUACGAAACAAACCAUGUUCGCUAGGCCACCGAGAGUCUUGACGGUCCAUGUCUCACGAUCGACAGUGAUGGGGGAAGGCCAACUGAUGAAGAACUACUGUCGCCUAGUCUUCCCGGAGCUCCUAAUCCUGGACCGAUUCACGACGACGGAACGCUUGAAUGGACGAGCGGAGGCGCCGAUCUCCGGGACCUCGGCUCCGUCGUCGACAGACACCCGACCUCCCUCGCUCCAUUAUCCCUACCGUCUCCUCGCCCUCGUCGUCCACCAAGGAACCCAUCUCUCGGGUCAUUAUCUUACCUUCCGUCGCUCCCCCUCCGGUGAGUGGUACAGAUUCUCGGACCAGGACGUCGAUCGUUGUCCCCUCCGUGAAGCCUUGGACUCUAAUCCUACCUUGCUCAUCUAUCAAAGGCUAGGAGACCAGGAUCAGUCUCUUCCAAGUUAG